ACCCUGAGAAUGACUCGUGCUAUCAGACAAUGGCCGGGACGGCCCUCUUCACCCACACAGCUUUCAAUAUGCUGCAGAACUACAGCAGAUAGCUUUUAAUCUGUUCAGUUAUCAAAAAGAGAAGCUCCAGACGUACAGAAUCGAGAUUGCUAAAGAUGCGAGGAAGGCUGAGACGUUAACAUCUGAAUUUGAGGCAUCCAUCUAUACACCUGCCAUGGCUCUAGGCUGCUGUGCUGAGGAUGUGAUCCACACGUUAGCUGACACUCUGCUUCCUGGUGAUGCCCAGACCAGGGAAGAGUGGGUGCAGGAUCCGGACAGACUGAAGGAGAACUUCCACUCUGCUGUAGAGCGCCCUCAUCAGACCCUCGGAGCAGUCACCGACUUCGACCACUACUACAACAAAGCCAAUAGCUGGUACAGCAUCGUCCUGUGUGAGAACUUUCUCCAAGACCUUCUGUGGGGUGUGAACUGUGACAGCCUCCCCAAACGGUACCACCCGCUGGAGAUGCAUGGCCCUGACCCUGUGUGGAGGCAGGCGGUCUGUGACUUCCUGAGAAGGAACCCCUCCCCAGACAUGGAGUAGCUGGUCCAGCUGACUCACCUGGCCAAUGUCAUCCCUGACGCCCAGCUCUAGCAGAAGGGCAAACAGCUGUCACAAAGUGGCCCUGCCACCUUCUCUCCAGGUGCAUGACCCUGCGAAAACUCCUGACUUCUCCAGGGGCAGUACCUAUCAACAACUUCCAGUUGGCACUGCAGUGGGAGUAUGAGUUUCUGAGAGCCCGCCACAGGAAAGGGCCUGGGCCACACACUGCUGUGGGGAAUACUCCCUCUCUCAGCUCCUCUGACUCUGGUGUUUAUGGAGCAGGAAGCAGCCAUGUGGAGGCAGGGAGGGAGGGAUGGGAAGGGCUGUCCAAGGUACCAGCCACAAGGCAGCCCCAGAUCCACGAGGAGAACAUCUCUAGCGUGUCUGACUCGGGAGGACUGUAGGGAGGAGUUUGACUUUGGCUCUGUGGGCAAUACCUCCAUGGCCAGCAUUCAAAUUAUCCCUAAAAUAACGGUGGACUCGCUAGAUUUUGAAAUGAAACUGAAGCAGUCGGCUACCCUGCCCCAGAACCCCUGGCUCAGUCUGCCUGUGGAUGACCUGGAGAACUCUUACACGGUCACCAUCACCCAGAACCCUUCACCACAUCAACAAGACAUCAAGAGCCCAAACCCCUCAGAGUGCUCCCACCACACCGACCAAUUAUCCAAUCGGUCUCGAGACCAGCCCACACAGACGGAGGUACACACCAGUCCUCAGAGCAGAGGGGCACAGCCCAGUGACAGUAUCCUAUAGGCACAGGACAGCUUUGAGGAGUCAGAACUGAGCCCCACUUGUAAUUCCCUCUCCAGCACCAUCACAGAUGCAGGAGACGUGCCCAACUACACUGCAGAGAGCAUUCCCACUCUUCCCUGGGAUACGUAUGACUUCCAUAACCCGAAACGGGACACCUGUGAAAGGAUUACAAGCUCCAUGUGUAACGGAUCUCAUCCUCCUCUUCUGAGGAGGAGUAGCGAGAAGGAUCGGAGGACCAAUGCGCAGCGUGGUGGAAGAGAAUGUGAUGGCACAGGAGCAGAUGUGGAAUGUUCUUCUGAAUACUGGGAGCUCAAGCAAAGUGUGGGCGUCAUGGGGCAGCGAGGAGCAGACAAGUUUGAUGUCCUCCAGUGAUUUAAAAGCGGCGGGUGUCCUGGGUCUUGAUGACAGUCUUGACUCUGCCGACACUGACAACCAUAGUGAAUGCCGGUCAUCAGAGGCAGCCAGUGAAACUGAGGCAUCAGAAUGUAGCAUGAGCCACAAUGGAAGGCCAAUGGAGAAUGGGCCGACGGGGUUGAGGCCCCCUCAAACCAAAAGGGGACAGUUCCUGAAGGAGCUUAAAGGACUGCACGUUCUCGAUGAGCUCAUCAUGGAGGAGAAGCUCAAGAUCCACAAGCUCAGACAAGCUGAGAACGAGAGCCUUGAUGAAAAGCCCCCUCAAUCGACGGGCUCCCGAAGUACGUGCAAGGAGAGGCAGGCGUUUCUAUUUGAACUAGAAAGAGAGAAAAGGGAAAUGGAGAGGAUGGAAAUGAACCUAGCUAAAGAGAUGACUAAAAGAUGUCAACUCACAAAGAGGAUAAGCAGAACCAAGAAAGUAGUGAAAUGCUCUAUAAUGGACAGGACUUCUAAACUGACUAACUUGGAGGUUGGUGCUCUCUGCGAUGAUCUUAUAUCAGACCAUAGAAGCCUCAACGUAAAGCACUUGCCAACCCUGCCCAAACACACCAUACACCUUGAUCCUAAUGAAUCCCUUGUUAUUACUGCAACCUUUUCUACCAUAAUGCCUGUAUCACAAGACUUUGUUCAAAGUGUAAAUGGUCAGUAUCCACAUGCGGACUCUAGUAUAUCUGGCUGUGGUGAUGCCGUGGUAGAAGUAGAUGCUCCCAGCGACAGUGAGUUUAUGGAGCCCAGAGCAUCACAACCAGUCUUAACUCUACCACAAAGCUAUUCUGAUCCCAGUGAAUUUAUUGAAGAGGUUGGAAUCCAACACCAAGAGAGUACAGAUGAGGAAGGCUUAGAUUUCAGAUUGGUGUACAACUUGCAAUUUCCCCAAGAGGCCACCUUGACACCUGAAAUGUGCCCAGAACAUGGAGUAUUUGACCCGAGUUGGAAUUAUAACAAACCCCCCCCCCCCCCAGUGCCUAAACCAAGAAAGGCAUCACUUCCUGUGAAUGACAAAGGGCUAGAACUCAACAUCUCAAUGGAAACCAUGUAUUUAACCCUCUGCCCUGAUAGUGAUUCAGACCCUGACCCCAGACUCGCACCAGAAGUCAUGCCAGAGUUCAGCACUCAUCCGAAGCCUAAAGGGCGAAGCCUCAAACCUGUGAAGGACCACAGCAAUAUCCACAACAACAAACCCCUCACAGCUCAACAGGCAUCAUUAUGCAAUAACCCUUUGGAGUCCCGUGAGCAGUCCUCUCUUGACAAUUCCUCUGUUGAAUCAACAUUAACACCUGUUGACUCUGCCGGUGUUCAGAUAGAAAUCCAGACAGAAAUCCAACCUCUCCCAGAAAUCCAACCUCUCCAUCCAAUGGCACAUUCUGGGUUUAAUUCUGAAGAGCUACCUCGUAUGUUUGCUGAAGCGAUAUCUGGGUCAUGUGAACCAAGCGGAGCUGAUGAGUGGAGAGAAGUAGAGCCCUGAUGGGUUUCAGAGGUGUAGGACUGCAAGGAGGGCCAUCUCUAGGUCACCUGUCAAUCAACCCAAUGUCCAAGUAACCACCAGAGACAUGACCAAUUUCAAUACUCCAACAGUGCUGGACACAGGAUCUGAUUUGAUGAAAGCAGGGUUUGCUGAUCAGGACCUCCCAAAUACUAGAUUUCCAAAUAUCAUUGGGCUGCCUAAAUAUGAGGAAAUAAUGAAUGGCAACUUUGAACGGGAGACUUUCAUUGGACAUGAGGCUCAACACAUGAGAGGAGUCCUGGUACUGAAGUAUCCCAUGAAAAACGGAAUUAUAAGCAACUGGGAGGAAAUGGAGAAGGGUUGUCUACUGUUGACAUAAUUCUAUCCCAUUGAUGUUCUGAUGAAGCUGUAGUACCUGGCGGUUAUAGGAUUUAAACCUCACUGGUCUCGCUUCAGAUUUGGCACCACACGUUCCAGCAAGCUGCAGGUCGAUCCAGACGAC